ACCUCUCCCACCGACGCUACGAAGCCACACAGGAUUAUGGUAGAUGAAGUAGGGCUGCAGCUGCCUGACUUUGAGGAGAGCGACUUCUACGUCGAACAGGAACAAGUCACCAUCGGUCCUGCCGUUGGCGAAGGGGCGUUCUCGACAGUGUACAUCGGCAAGUACUUCGGAGAUGUGGUGGCGGUGAAAAAGCAAACACGGCAGGGGCGAGACUUGGAAAAGUAUUUGCUACGGGAGCUGUCUGUGCUCAAGUACAUUCGGCACCAAAAUAUGCUGGAGUAUAUCGGCGCAUACAACGUGAUUGCGAAGUCGCGUGGGCAACUGCACGCUGUGUACAUCAUUACGGAGUAUGCCCAAGGUGGUGAUCUACUCAAGCUCUUGCUGAGGACUGAAACGCCCCUGGGAUGGAGAUUCCGGAUACAGAUUGCGAAAGAGGGGGCUGAGGCACUAGAGUACUUGCAUAGCCAACAACUAAUCCAUCGAGACAUCAAAAGCAGCAACUUUUUGUUGGACGGAGACUGGCACUGCAAGCUGAGCGAUUUCGGCAUGGCCCGUGAGGUGUCGAGCAAUGGCAAGAUGACCAUCUGUGGCACAGACGAGUACAUGGCGCCAGAGAUGCUUUUUGACGAGUCGUUCAGCUACCCUGCUGACAUGUUCAGCUUUGGGAUGGUCCUGCUGGAGUUAAUCACGCGGAAGAAGAUCGGCGAAAACGGUUUCGCUCGCAGAACUCCCGCUAAACUCUUCGCGUUGGAAGCAGAAGAAGUCCGACAGGAAUCACCUCCGGAUGCACCGGAUUCUCUGCUUAACUUAGCCGCCAUGUGCAUGGAGUAUGAGGCGGAAGAACGCCCCUCGGCAGACGAAACGAGAGCAUGGCUAGAGGAGCUACUAUCAGAGCUGCCAAACGAUACGUGCGCAAUACCAGAGCCGCUAGAAGUUCCGGCCAUACCGGAGGGUGAAGACCGAAUCGACAGCGCUGAGACGCCGCCCGCAUCCGCGAUCAUCGGGAAGUCGGAUAUGGAUGGUCUUGAACAGACUGCAAACUUUUCUGACGCCGACAAGAGGCGUGUUCAGGCCGGCCGAGACAGGGCACACUGGGCCGGAGAUGCUGAUGCCAACUCUGGCCUUCCUUCGCCCCCAGCUAUGGGUGGUGGAGACGACCAGUCCUUCUUCUCGGCUUCCCAGCUGCCUUCUGUGACCGGAGACGGGGAAGCGUUUGUGCCAUCCAAAAUGGGCUACCUGCACAUUAAAAAUCAGGGCAUCGGCUUCCGGAACUGGAAGAAACGCUGGUUUGUGCUGACGGGAGCAGAGCUGGUGUGCUACAUGGAUGGUGGACUUAUCGAGACCGUCGGCUUGAGAGGGUGUACGAUUAAACGGGGCAAGGCUUCGAGGUUCCAAAUUAUCAAAACGCAUGUGGCCCGGACAGCGGUGACUGAGGACAAGGAGGGGAUCGAGGAGAUGGAGCUCGCGGCUACUAACAGCAAUUCUUUAGAAGCCUGGCUGUCCACCAUUGAGAGCUGUAUUGCCUACGCGGACGAACAAGGAGCGACCAGUUCAGACAAUCAAGCGUCGCCCCUGGUCAGCAUCGGAGGAAACGGCAACUCCGAUAGCAUCAUGGACUGGUUGCUUGAUCUUCGACUGGAAGGGCUUUGGCCAAACUUCGAGGCGCACGGGUACACUGAUCUGAAAAAAAUCAAGCAGCAAGGACUCAAGGCAUCUGACUUGGAGAAGCUUGAGAUUAAGAACCCUCUUCAACGCAGGUUCUUGAUGGAUGUGGGCAGAUCUCCUUUCCGCACGGCGCUGAAGGUGUCUAUCGUCGGCCAUCGAUCGUUCGGAGAUAUUGUGAUGUUCAAGGUGGUGACAGAGUGGCGGGCGUGGUACUCCAAGACAGAGAAACUGUACACCGACUUCAAUAAGCUACACAACAAGCUGCGGCGGGCUUUCAGGGAGACGAAUUCCCCUUUAAUGGAGCACCUCCCGCCUCUACCGGGAAAGGGGCAGGUUGUUCAAGACCAGAAGAACUCGGCUUUCCUUGCGAAGAGGAAGGUUGAUCUGGAGGCGUAUUUGAAAGAGGUGGCAGCUCUGGUUGAAACGCAAGAGCCGUUCUUCAGCUUGCUUGCAUCCGCUUUGGACCUCUUCAGCGCGUGAACAUCGAUGGCAAUUGCUUUAGUUUGAGAAACAUGUAACAUAUCCUGUUGAGAAAUAUCUUUGUAGAGUGUAGUGUAGCCGUGGCUUGUAAUGUUGUGAUUACGGUGUAAAUACGUUGAAGAAAGAUACGAACUUGCACACACGUUUUGGGGCAGAACGUUCAUGCUAUUCUCACUGGGUGUUGUCACCAACCACGAAAGCGCGCUUGUUUGUAGACUACAUGCACCAUUUUGGGACUUUCGCUCCUGCGCCAUCCUUAGAUAUUUUAAGUGCUUUGUUUAUUUGUGAUGGCUAUGACGCUUCGAUCACGAUUGUUUCACCCUCUGUUAAAAAAUACACAUCGUUCGUGUGGCCAUG